CACACACACACACACACACACACACACACACACACACACACACACAAACACAUACACUGAGAGGUGAAUAGUUUUAACUUCAGAUAAAAACCACUACUUCUACUGAGAGAGAACAUAUAGCCUACUGUAUACAGGAAGGAGUUCUGGGAAUACUGGAAUACUACACUUCAACCAGCUGCUGAAUCCACAAACUGAACAGACUAAAUGGCUUCCAGAUCAGAGGAGGAUCUCUGCUGUCCGGUCUGUCAAGACAUCUUUAGAGAUCCUGUUGUUCUGUUGUGUAGCCACAGCUUCUGUAAAGACUGUCUGGAGAGCUGCUGGAGAGAGAAACCAACACGGGAGUGUCCAGUUUGUAGGAAAAGAUCCUUGUCUAAACCACAUGAUAGCCUGGUGUUGAAGAACCUGUGUGAGGCCUUCAUACAGGAGAGAGAUCAGAGAUCUUCAGAGGCUCUCUGCAGUCUGCACUCUGAGAAACUCAAACUCUUCUGUCUGGACCAUCAGCAGCCGGUGUGUGUCGUCUGCAGAGAUUCAGAGAAACACACCAACCACAGAUUCAGACCCAUCGAUGAAGCUGCACGACAACACAAGAAGAAACUUCAGGGAACUCUGGAGCCCUUAAAGGAGAAGUUAAAUGUUUUUGAACGAGUAAAAGAGGAGUGUGAUAAAACAGCAGAACACAUAAAGGUCCAGGCCCAACGCACAGAGACGCAGAUUAAGCAGCAGUUUCAGAUGCUUCACCAGUUUCUAGAACAUGAAGAGGAGGCCAGGAUGGCUGCACUGAGGGAGGAAGAGGAGCAGAAGAGUCGGAGUAUGAAGGAGAAGAUGGAGGCUCUGAGCAGAGAUAUAGCAGCUCUUUCAGACACAGUCAGAGCCACAGAGGAGCAGCUGAGAGCUGAAGACGUCUCAUUCCUGAUCAACUACAGGGCUGCAGUGGAAAGAGUCCAGCAGCGCCCCCUGCUGGAUGAUCCACAGCUGCUCUCAGGAGCUCUGAUAGACGAGGCCAAACACCUGGGCAACCUGAGCUUCAACAUCUGGAACAAAAUGAAGGACGAGGUCUCCUACACUCCUGUGAUCCUGGACCCAAACACCGCUCAUCCAAAAAACUUCCUGUCUGAAGAUCUGACCAGUGUGAGAUGGGGAGCGGAACAGCAGCUUCCUGAUAAUCCAGAGAGGUUGAAUUAUUACUGCGGUGUCCUGGGCUCUGAGGGCUUUGACUCAGGGACUCACAGCUGGGAUGCCGAUGUUGGAGACAAUGCACUCUGGGAACUGGGUGUGUUAGCAGAGUCUGCCCAGAGGAAGGGAGACAUAUGGUCUGGAAUAUGGAGCAUAGUGUUCAGAGAUGGUAAAUACUCAGCAUGGUCACGACCAGAUCCAGACACUGAUCUCAAAGUGAAGAAGAAGCCCCAGAGGGUCCGAGUGACUCUGGACUGGAACAGAGGAAAGCUGUCGUUCUAUGAUCUUGGUACUAACACACACAUACACACCUUCACACACACUUUCACUGAGAGGCUGUUUCCAUUGAUUGAUACUAGGAGGGAAGUGAAGGUUUUACCACUGAAGGUCUGUGUGACUGUAGAACAGAAAUAGAUGAUGAUGAACAUCAAUCAGUUCACGUAGACGACAAAUUUGGCUUUUUACGGAGUUGCGCUCUCUCUUUUAGUUUAAGGUUUUUUUUGUUCUUAAAGUUUAUUCUUUUGAACAGACCUAUCAGUACAUUUAUUGAGUUUAGAAAAUAUGCUUGCUCUUGGGGGAAUUACUGGAAUUGUUGGGUCUUUGCAAAUUAUAGAGUGUGGUCUAGACCUACUCUAUCUGUAAAGUGUCUUGAGAUAACGUUUGUUAUGAUUUAAUACUAU